AUGACUCAAACUCCUGUCCACCGCCGUUCUCCUUCUUCUCCUCAUGCCUCAAAACCCAGACGUCCAGUCUUACAUCGACGGGGAACAUCAGGUGCCACCGUCUCCAUUGCCAAAUUGGGCGCCGGAAGGGGAACUAAGCCUGCCGACGACGAAGACAUGGCCAGCUUCUUGAACUUCUGCGCCAUGUGCGAAAGACAAAUUACCGUACCAAACAACACCCUAUUAUAUUGCAGCGAAAGCUGCCGCCGCAAAGACUCCUGCAAACCACUCUCAGCAUCCCUCCCCUCAAUGCCACACUCCUCAAAAAUGACCACCACACCACCCACCUCCCCGCCUCUCUCCCCACGCACCAUCGUGGCCCCAAUGACACCCACCCGCAUCCCCUCCAUCAGGAUACCAAGCACAUCCCACACCGCCAAAUCAGAUCUCGACCCAACCGAGUGGAAGCCCCUAUUACACCGCUCCAGCUCAGCCCUCGCUUCCUCCGAAGCCUGGUCGUACCUCUCCCAAUUCCACGGCGAGUCUGGUCCUAGAGCUACUGGCACUUCUACUCCAACCCGCCCAGUCAACAACCGCAGCGCGGCAAGCCUCCCCGCCCUGGUCGGCGGCGUGCCCCCCGCCAUCGGCACUGGUGUCGACGGCAGCCAUGUCCCCUCCUUGACAAACACCCCCUCCACCGUCUCCUCCUCCUACAGCAGCGCCGCCUCCGACUCCCUCGGCAGCAUGUACAUGCACCUGUACGAGUCGCGCCCCCUGCCACCGCGCCAUAACCCGUAUUUCGCGGGUACGAGCGUGGCCAAGGGCGUCGAGCUGGUCGUGCCGCGUAUCGCGUCGGAUUUCGAUGCCGAUGUCGAUGCUGAUGCCGUCCAUGCGGAUUCGGGGUCCAUCUUUCCGGCUAGUUCUGCUGUCUGGGGCGAGGGACAGCGGUCUGCGCCUAUCUCUAUGAAGAGGGGUGUUGUCUGA